AUGACUCGACAAUCCUCCAAACGACUUCAGAAUAGCCGCUCAUCUUCUGAUGUCCGAAAUCCGGGAUAUGAAAUAUCUUUUCUAAAUUCGACUCUGAAAAAAUUUUUAGGUGGAAAGCAAAAGCCAUGGAUGCUGAACCCCAAUUCAGUCGCGACAACGAAAUCCUCUUCUUCAGCCGCUACAAGACAACCAAACCCUACUUCAACUGUCCCGCGUCCUAGCCCUAUCCAACGUAGAGACAGUGAGAAGGCCCCUCAGAAAUCUUCAAUAACGGGAGAGGAACGGGAACCCAUCCUGAACACCGUAAUCUCCCAGAACACCCCGAACAUACCAGGCCAAGCCGCAUCUAUCAAUUUCACACCAUCAUCAGAGCAGCUGCCGAUUUCCCCUGUCUCCUUCCAACCGGGCCCCAAGUCGCUAUCUGCUUCGCCUCAUAUUUUAAAUUCACAGCUUGCGGACAAAACGAGCGGUGCGCCUACGAAUGCUCGCCAAAUUCCGGUUAUUCCGACCCCGGAUUCAUGCCAUGGAACUUCCGUUGCCAAUGAGGCUGCCCCCCUGGGUAACAUCUUUGGCUCUGGCUCAGACUCUGAAUCUGGUGCUCUUCCGGGAGCUAGUCCUAUCCCACCGCUUCAACCGCCACCACGUCCAGCGCGGCAGUUACCAGCAGAAAACCAUACAGGAGAGUUGCCGUAUACAACAACAACAACAACAACAGGAGCAGCAGCAACAAUAACAACCCCCGCUAUAGGCUAUUCACCACAAUUCGUAUCAUCACAAUCACCUGCCAUGGUUGCCAUGGCAAACAAUUCACCCACAGCUGAAGUGCAUAGAAAUAAACGGGCCCGAACCGCAACAGCAAAUUCUCCCCUACUUCAAACUUUUCGACUUCGAAACAGUACGGCUCUGGUGAACGCGGUGCCAACGUCGGAUAUGAUGAACAAUUCCCAGCAAGCUAGGCUCGCCGGAAAAUUUUCACUUAAGUUUUACAAGCCGCUUCUGGAUCGCAUUCCAACCACACCAGGCAGGCCUGAGGAAGGUCGGAUCGCUCUGUUGCGAAAUGCUUGCGAAGCGGAGGAUAUAUUUUACGUUGCCCUACAUCAAGUCUAUUGCCUUACCACAGCAAGCCCUGUCCGCCUGGCUCUCCCUAAAUUUGGAGCUCAACAAAUAAGAGGACUUGAGGCUCUCUCCCCACUUCUAAUCAAAAAUGAUUAUCUCUCAAAAACGUUUAUCCACUCAUGUGCCCAUUUCCCGGCUCUCAUUGGCGACUUGACUCAAAACUGCUCAGCCUACAGUAAGACUUUGGAUUGUGUGAUGGAUUUGUUAGCAGGACUAGCCGAUUGCUGGGCCCAAUUCGAAAGGACUAUUAUUUUGAGGGGAUAUCCCCCGCUCAUCGACGAGUUUCGCUCUCUCGGUGUACUCUCCUCGCCCACUUUGCAACAUGUUAUAUUCGUUGCCAGUUGUCGCCACUUAACAGGAAAUCGAAAUGAUAGAGCUCUUAGGAUCUACCUCAGCAUCUUUCAAAAAAAUCAGGAGUUUUAUCGCCAGCGGAUCCAACGAAUGCUCACUGCGAAUCCAGUAUCUGCAGCCCAAGUGCGAACUGAAAACGAAUAUCUAGUCGGAAUGUAUACGAAACUACGAAGGCAGCAUCUUGGAAUAAACCGGGCACUACACAACCAACAGAUGGGUAGCCAGCAACCUCACCAGAAUCAAGGAAUCCAUUUUACUCCCACGUCUGGUCCCAACGGCCAACAUCAACAUCAGCCCUUCAUGACCCAAGGAUCUCUCCCGCCUUCAGCAGGGGCACAUCAUCAAAUACAGUCCACUUUUCCAACACACUCACCGAACACUACUCAGAACCCACUUCAACAACCCCAAGGAUACGCAUUUGGACCUUCUAUGAGCGAAAUUAUUACAGCUCCGCAUACACUUACGCCUGCACCUGCAGCCGCACAGGUACAAUCGCAUGCAGCCCCCGGAAGAUCUGGUGUUCAGCUCGCUUCCAACCCGAUGUCCGGGCUUCCACCUGGAUGUGUAGCUCAGUUAAAUAAUAAGAAUGCACCUUUGCAUUGUGAUUCCCUUGUUCCUCCAUCUGUUCAAUUACCCCACGAAAACCGCGUCAAUAUCCAGCCUCCUCCCAACAGGCGAAAUCACCUACUUCUUCCUCCACCGGGGUUCGUUCCAAUGGAAUCUGCAAAUCCUAACCCUCUCAUCGUUGGCCUCCACCAAGCUCACCUUAAAGACAAAUUCCGUGCUCUUAAUAAUAAUAACGAGCCGAGAGCUAGUGGCCCUGAACCGCUAUUCCACUAUCUUCAAUCUUUUGCCAUUGCUCCUUCGUCUAUUAGAACGAGUACAUCAGUUCUCAAGUGGCAGUUUACAAUCUCCCCAGAAGAAUUCCAGAAAUUCCCUGUUCAAUUACAAGGUCCAAAGCAAGGAUCCCGAUUAUGGGGGAUUGCAGAUGGACGUCGAACAUAUCAGUUGCGCUGUAUAAAAAAGAUUCCACCCUUCCAAAAGCUACAGGGACAUGAAUGGGCUAUAUCAGAUACCGCAUGGCCCACCGUCAUAUACAUUCACGUGAAUGGCACAGAAUACUUCGUUCAUCGGAAGGUACACAACGGCAAAGAUCUCCCUGUCCAUAUCACACCGUCCCUCAAGGAAGGGGUGAAUGAAGUAUCGUUAACGAUACUCUGGGGCCCUCCGGAGCUUAACAGCAAGUCAGUUUAUUGCAUGGCAGUGGAAGUGCUCGAAUACGCCAAGCUCAGCCGCGUCCGCACAUCUAUCCAACACCACACCCUCUCCAAAUCAAUUGAAGGUAUCAAGAACCGCCUUACAAGCUCAGAUGUAGCCUCCGCCGACGACGACCUCGCCGUUGUAGACGAGCACAUCACCAUCGACCUAACCGACCCCUUCAUGGCGCGAAUCUUCGACACCCCUGCCCGCGCCAAGUACUGCUCACAUAUGGAGUGUUUCGACCUCGAAACAUUCCUGACCACACGCUUGACAAGAUCCGUCAAGGGCCACGGUAUGGCUGAGGACUGGAAGUGUCCGAUCUGUGGCAACGAUGCACGUCCACAGUCGCUAAUUAUUGAUGAUUUCCUGGUCGAGGUGCGCAGGAAGCUCAAGGAGGAGAAGCUGCUAGAUGAUGUGAAGGCAAUACUCGUGCGGCAGGAUGGAAGUUGGAAGCGGAGGGUUGAAGGGAUUAACGGUCAUAGUAAUCGAUUUAGCAAGUCGCACUCAUUGAAGCGGAAACGGGAGUCGUCUGAACGCAGCGAAUUAGAUACACCCAGUCAACAUCAAGCUGGCCAGCAGCUACCUUCUGCACCUGAGAUGUCGCAGGAUUCAGGUUCCGUCCCGGAAAUAAUUGAACUUGACUAG